UGGUAAUAAGACGAGCCUUACAUUCACAUUGUAAGUUACAAGAAAUAAAGUCACGUCCGUACACCUACUUGUGCUUGCAAUUUGGCUUUAAUGGGGUGUUGUAAGUAACACAUAACUUCACAGAACCAUCUCUUAGUUCCUCAAGUUCUGGCAUGUGCUAGGAAUUGCUUGUGGCCAAUUCCAAUCUCAGUGUGUUGCAACUUUGAUUGGAAUGUAGCAGCAGCCAUGGUUCUUUUUCCAUCUCUUCUCAAUGGAUUUGCAAGAAAGAAAAGUUGUCCAAACGAUGAUGACAAUGAUGAAAGGAAAGCCGUGAAAGCACUCGCGAAGGAAGCAAGGAAGAAUGGCUUGUUAUUGAGUUCAUCAGGAACUGUUAAGUCUUCCAAGGCCAACAACUUUGCCUCAGUUUUCACAAAGAAGGGCCAGAAAGGAGUCAAUCAAGAUCGCCUCAUUGUUUGGGAGGAAUUUGGUUGGCAAGAAGACAUGAUAUUGUGUGGAGUUUUUGAUGGACAUGGCCCUUGGGGACACUAUGUGUCCAAAAGUGUCAUGAAACUUGUCCCUGCCUCUUUGCUAUGCAAUUUGAAGGAAAAUCUUGCUGCAACAUCUCUUGACCUGAAUUACAAGAUGGAAGCAGAUAGGAGGAACCACCAUGAAUUUGACAUAUGGAAGCAGGCAUGCAUAAAGACUUGUGCUGCUGUUGAUCAUCAUCUAAAGCAGAAUACUGGGAUUGAUUCCUUUCAAAGUGGUACUACAGCUUUGACAGUUAUCAAACAGGGUGAAGAUCUGAUUAUAUCAAACUUGGGAGAUUCAAGGGCAGUAUUGGCAACAACUUUAGAUGGUGGCACACUAAGUGCCCUUCAGCUUACAACUGACAUGAAGCCAAAUUUACCAAAGGAGGCAGAGAGGAUAAUGGAAUCAAGAGGGAGGGUGUUUUGUCUAGAAGAUGAGCCAGGAGUGUAUAGGGUGUGGAUGCCAAAUGGUAAGACACCAGGACUUGCAAUAUCAAGAGCAUUGGGUGAUUAUUGUGUCAAGGAUUUUGGACUAAUCUCUGUGCCUGAAGUCACUCAAAGGAAGCUAAACUCUAGAGAUCAAUUUCUCAUCUUGGCUAGUGAUGGGGUAUGGGAUGUAAUUUCGAACCAAGAAGCAGUGAAGAUCGUUGGUUCAAGUGAAGAGAAAGGAAAAGCUGCCGAGAGAUUGGUGAAAUGCGCUAAGCAUGAAUGGAAGAGGAAGCGAAGAGGCAUUGCCAUUGAUGACAUCUCAGCUAUCUGCCUCUUCUUUCAGCCCCAUAAUAACUUUCUCACAUCACCAUCAUAUACUGUAUAGUCAUGUUAGCACACACUUUUAAUAAGAGUAUAUAUCCAUUUUGGUCCUCAAAGAAUUUCUGACUGGACACUUUAGUCCCUAACUAAAAUUAAUUACUCGAUUGGUCCUUAACAAUUAAUUCCGUCAGUCACUUAGGUCCUUUACUCCGUUAACUCUAACGGAGGACAAAAUAGUCCCUAACAAUUCUAACAGGGGACAAAAUGGUCCCUGACAAUUCUAACAAGAGACAAAAUAAUCCCUGACCCCUUUAUUCGAAAACGAUACUGUUCUUCUCCAAUUUUUAUCAUAUCUCGCAUAACCCUAAUAUUCAUACUCUCAUUCUUCACCUUCACAGUCUUCUUUUCCAUCUUUUCCUUCAUCCUCUUUAGCUCCAAGAUUAAGCCAUGGUAUAAUUGUCACACGUGUCGCACCUAUCUCAACAUGUCAUGGACCACACACAUCCUAAAUCCUUGUGACUGGUACAUCCACCUCCUCUGCAGUUCACCCACCAAAAGCAUCUAUUUCCACGUCUUCGAUAACAUCACCUCCAACCCCGACAUGUCCACGACAUCCUCAAGACCAUGUUCCACAACUACUCCAAGGGCACGCCUUUCUCCACUCUCCGGCAAGCAAUUUAAAUUAUUGGAUAUUAGGACAUCAUGAGAAGAUUCUCCUUCGACAUCAUAUGCAAAUACUCAUUUAAGUGCUUCAUUCCUUCUUUUCCAGAGUCCAAGUUGGCAGACAGUUUCAACCUCGCAUCCAAGCUAUCAGUACAACGAGCAAUGUCGCCGUUGCCCUCAUAUGAAAACUGAAGCGAUUACUGAACAUUGGUUUGGAGAAGAAACUGAAAGAAGCGAUUGGAGUGGUGGACAAUGUGGUCAUGGAGAUGAUAGGGCAGAGGAGGAGGGAGAUGAUAACGACGACGACGGGUCUUAACAAAUCAGACUUGCUGUCUAGAUUCAUGGGAUCCGUCGAAAACGAUAACUAGUUGAGAGACAUAGCAUUAGUUUCCGAGUAUGAAUUGGUUGAGAAUAAGUUGAAGAUUUUUUUCUUGUAAACAUUAAAUUUAUAGAGUGUGCAUAGUGUGGUUUGAAGUUACAGUAUUAGAAUGCUAAUGUUAUGCAAGAUAUGAUAAAAAUUGGGAGAGAACAGUGUCAUUUCCGAAUAGAGGAGAUCAGGGACCAUUUUGUCCCCUGUUAGAGUUGUCAGGGACUAUUUUGUCCCCCGUUAGAGUUAACGGAAUAAAGGACCUAAGUGACUGACGGAAUUAAUUGUUAAGGACCAAUCGAGUAAUUAAUUUUAGUUGAGGACUAAAGUGUCCAGUCUAAAAUUCUUUGAGAACCAAAAUGGGUAUAUACUUCUUUUAAUAAUAAGUCUAUCAAUUUUGAACUGUGUUCUUCUAUGUAUCAUGCUGUCAUAGUGUAAUAUGAAGCUAUUUGUCUCCAAUAAAA